CCCGUGGAACUUAGAAGCAGGAGUAGGGGGUGGGAAAGGAAGCAGAUAAAAGGCAAGUGAAAGAAAGGAGGAGGGGCAGCCUCUGACCCAGCAAGCCCUGUGCUCUCUUCCUGCCUAGCCCGGGCCAGUCUCCAGGAGCCCAAUGGCCAACUAUGAAUUUAGCCAGGUGUCUGGGGACAGACCUGGCUGCCGCCUGUCUAGGAAAGCCCAGAUCGGUCUCGGAGUGGGUCUCCUGGUCCUGAUCGCCUUGGUAGUGAUAGUGGUGGUCAUAGUUCUGUGGCCGCGCACACUCCUGGUGUGGACUGGCAAUCCUACCACGAAGCACUUUUCUGACAUCUUCCUGGGACGCUGUCUCAUCUAUACUCAAAUCCUCCGGCCGGAGAUGAGAGAUCAGGACUGCAAGAAGAUACUGAGUACAUUCAAAAGAGCAUUUGUUUCCAAGAAUCCUUGCAACAUCACAAGAGAAGACUAUGCACCACUUACUAAACUGGUCACUCAGACCAUACCAUGUAACAAGACUCUCUUUUGGAGCAAAUCCAAACACCUGGCCCAUCAGUAUACUUCGAUCCAGGGGAAGAUGUUCACCCUGGAGGACACGCUGCUGGGCUACAUUGCUGAUGAUCUCAGGUGGUGUGGAGAUCCCAGUACUUCCGAUAUGAACUAUGACUCUUGCCCACAUUGGAGUGAAAACUGUCCCAACAACCCUAUUUCUGUGUUCUGGAAAGUGAUUUCCCAAAAGUUUGCAGAGGAUGCCUGUGGUGUGGUCCAAGUGAUGCUCAAUGGGUCCCUCACUGAGCCAUUUUACAAAAACAGCACCUUUGGAAGUGUGGAAGUCUUUAAUCUGGACCCAAAUAAGGUUCAUAAACUACAGGCUUGGGUGAUGCAUGACCUCGAAGGGGCUUCCAGUAACUCAUGUUCGAGCUCCUCCCUAAAUGAGCUGAAGGUGAUUGUGCAGAAAAGGAAUAUGACAUUUGCCUGCCAGGAUAACUACAGGCCUGCCAGGUUUCUUCAGUGUGUAAAGAAUCCUGAGCAUUCAUCCUGUAGACUUAAUAUGUGAAGGAUUUGGAUCUUAGGUUGCCGUAGCAUGGAUUGAGAUGGAGGGGCUCAGAAGCAACACUGGUGGAAAGCUGAGCUGUCAGGGAGAGGCCUCUACUACAAUGUGAACACCAGACAUGGAAGAACUUCCCAAUACAUUAUGACAAAACGACAAGAUCAACUUAGUGCUUACUGUGUACUACCUAUCUUGAAGAGAAAUUACUCCAUAAACCAGAGUUAAACUUCUAUAUUGUUAUUUCAGUCUAACUUUCUCAUGUGAUGAUUUUAUAUUUAUAUAUUGUUAGCAUCCUUUUUUAACUCUCUUUUAAUUCUCUCUCUCUCUCUCUCUCUCUCUC